UGUCAAAUUGUCAACAAUAGAAAAUUCGCAAACUACUUGGUGCAGGGUGGAAGAUUUCUUAAAGUUGUAGAAAUAAACAAAUUUUUCAAUCUCCAAAUUAUCCAUUAAAAUCAUCCAAAACGGAUUCAACAAUUAAAGAUAUGAAACCCACCCUGGCAGCAGAUGAAAUGUUUCCAGAGGGAGCUGGUUUCAUGGAUCUCGAAGAAUCAGGGAGUUCUUCGGGAAUCCUCAUGGAUCUGGCUACCAAUGAGAAGCAUGUUCAUGCUGAUUUCUACAAUGACUUUGAAGAUCUAUUCGACGAUGACGAUGAAUUAACUCUAAAUCCCUAAAAAAAAGACCUAAAAAAGGCAAGGUUUUUAAGAAAAACAAGAAGAAAAAACAAAGGCAAAUCUUGUGGUGAUUUUUAUUUGAUGUAUGUAGUUUAAAAAUUAAUUUGAAUAAAAUACACUUUUUGUACAAAAUCA